AUGGGUCGCCCACCAGCAACCCAGGUCUUUCCCCAUGGUGCCACUAGCAUCAUCGAGUUUAAGGAACGAGAAACACAUGGCACUGAAUUAAAGCCUGAGGAGAAGGGGAGAGGAAGCUCAGAAAGAGAGGAGUUGUGUUCCGACAUCUGGCUUUCAAAACCACUGAGUUCACCACUACUGUCCAAGUCACUCGGUUCAAACGACCGCCAUGAGGUACUCGAUGUGCUUUUCGACCGACAGAGAUUCUUCAGCUUUCAUCAUCACUUCAUGAUUGGGCCGAGUUUCUCCGACCAAUUUCGACACGCAAUCUUGAUGACCCUUCACGAUUCACAGGAGGUAGUGUUGGGCAUACAUCGGAUCUUACUCAAGUUAUUGGAUUUGAAGGAAAAGCCCAAUGACGGCUCUGCCCCCUUUGGGUUCACAGAAGCUGCUCGAAGCCUGAAGUGCCUACAGAGUGUCACAAUUGGGCACUUGAAUGACGCGGCAGCUGUGCUUUUACUGGGGCAGAUAUUGUUUGUUUAUCACGUCAUGGUCAUGGGCACAUCCGCACACACUAUAGCGCAGAACUGCAUUUUAUCAGCAAAGGGCUGGUACCCAAUGCUCAUGGCACAACCUUGCCUCCAACCCAUAUUUAUGGCACCAAUCUUGAUUGAUACGGUUGAAUCUCUGGUACGGCGGCGAAUUCCCAUCAUUGGAAUCCCGCAUGCAUUCUGCGACAAGGAGGACAGAACCAUGGGCCUUUCAGUACCCCUUAUACCUAUACUCUACGACCUAUGCAAGGCCAGCAAUUAUGAUAAAAGUCUAUCGAUAAAUAGAGUCCGCAAUAAUACCGAUAGUCUGGAUAUAAAGAACGACAACUACUCCGAAGUCGAGCAGCGGAUACGGCAGUGGGAACCGUCGUGUCCCCAUACCCUGUUCUCAAAGUAUUCCCACAUCGAAGUGUCCGCAAUGAUGAUGCAAGCCCGGGUCUAUCGCAUUGCUGGGUUACUCCUCAUUCAUAGACUUCGAUACCCACUAGGAGUUGAAGACGAGGAAGGAGCAAGGCUGGCGAUGACAAUCGUCGCAGAGCUCUCGUGCUUCGUGAAAUGGGCCCCUCAGGAAGUGAAAGACAUGGCAGUAUAUUUGCCUGUUUUCUUGGCUAUGAUCGAAGUCCAACAACCGGCGGACCAGAUCUUGUCCCAUUUAGCACCUCAUUCAUUCUUUGGGAACUGUGUGGAUGGACUUAGAGGCUUCGUUAAGCUUACACAAGAUGCUAAAAGAGCCGGAUCUCAAGGGUUAUGGUUUGAUCUGGUCGAUGAGAACCUGUCUACCGGGAUCAUCCCGUAG